AUGAAGUCCUCAUCGGAUAUCGACAAAGAAUCAGAGCUGUAUGGGAUUCCAAUUAGCAUAAAAGAGAGUUUUAAAUUGAGUGGUUAUGAUAGUACUUUUGGUGUUAUUAAACGCUGCAACAAACCUAUGAACGAUGACUGUGUUCUCGUGAAAGUACUCAAGACUGUCGGUUCAAUCCCCUUCGUAACUACUGUGACCAGCCAGUUAUGUCGUACAUUGGAUAGCUUUCACUGUGUUUAUCGUGAGGCAAAACAUCCAAUGAAUUCGUCGAGAAUGCCUGGUGGGAGUUCAACGGGGGAAGCUGUACUAUUGGCGUUGAAUGGUUCUCCAGUUGGCAUUGGUAGUGAUAUUGCUGGUAGCAUUCGUAUACCGUGCGCAUUUUGCGGUUUAGCUGGUUUAAAGCCAACGUUUGGAAGACUGAGUGUAUUGGGCAUGCCAACAAUCACGAAACAUUCGGUGCUUUACAUACGCGCUUGCCCAGGACCCAUGGGUAGGAAGGUGGAAGACUUGGCUCGUGUAAUGCGCGCAUUGUUGUGUCCUACAAUGUUUGAUCUGGACCCUUAUGUUAUACCGAUGCGUUUCAAUGAGGAUUUAUAUGAAGGGAAGGGGAAGCGCCAGUUAGUAAUUGGUUAUUAUUGCAACCUCGAUGAUCCGAAUCUCAUUCAGGUGGUGGAUGUGAAUAGACAAGUUGUGGAGAAGGCAGUUAAAGUGUUAGAGAGUUCUGGACAUAAGGUUGUAAAGUUCACCGUUCCUCAUCCUUAUGAGGCUUACGUUCUUGGUCUGCGUGCUUUGUUUUCAGAUGGAGGUCGUGAACUACGAAAGCAGUUACAAGGCGAACCUCUGAGUCCACAGCUUAAAUUUCUAAAUGUUAUCCUCGGAUUUCCAGACUUUCUAAAACCUAUCAUGGGGUUCCUAUCUCGAUUGUUUGUUGGAAGACCGGUUGGUAUAUCAAGUGCCCUUCGAAAACUGAAAGAUGGUCAGGCAGCGCUUCACCUAAUCAAUGAAAUCAAUAGUUAUCGAUGUGAAUUCGCCAAAGCUUGGAGUGAAGCAGGCCCAUUGGAUGCACUGAUCUGUCCAGUGUCUUCAUACCCUGCCCCUCCCGACGAUACUUCAGCUUUGUACAUUUCACCAUCAAUUGUGUAUACAUUUUUGUACAAUAUUUUGGAUUAUCCUGCUGGAGCAGUUCCCGCGGGUUUUGUCAGUAAAGAGGAUGUUCGAGAUGCACUAAGCUUUUCCGAACACAAAGUUUUAUGGAAGCUCAGUCAGUUGUGCUCACGGGUGGAAAGAAUUCACCGUUAG